AUGCCAGUGACACCAGGAAGACCCUUCGGCUGUGGCGACAUUGUCUUCGCCAAGAUGAAGGGAUUCCCUCCAUGGCCAGCUCGAAUCGACAUGAUCCGCCCUAGCAGAUGCAAUGUGCGAGAACAGGAGAAUCUACCAACACCCCACACUGAUCCUGACUUCCACUGGCCCAUCUUCUUCUACGGGAGCCAUCAAAUCUCCUGGCUGCCACAGAAAGACCUGUUCGAAUUUGAGGAACAUCGUGAUGAAUUCGGCGCAAAUCCUCAAGUCAAGCGAGCAAUGGAAGAAUCUCGCAAGAACACUUUCAUCAACUUCCAAUUCGGCGAAGGAAACAGCGGUAUUGCAUGGUCGGAACGACAUUCUCAAAUGGCUCACGCCUGGUUCCGACAUCAAUCAGAUGAGGUGGCAAAUGAAACUGCUUGGGACAGACUUCCUCCGCGUAAGAAGGGCAGAAAGUCAAUUUCUCGAGUGAGAGUAGACAGCAGCCCAACCAAAGCAACACAGGUGCUCGAAGACAUACCCGAGCUUACCGAUCUCAAUGCCAUCGAAAUAUCAGAUUCUGAGCCGGAGUCCGAUACCCAGUCGGACGAGGAUGCAGUCGUCGUGAAAUACCAGGAUUCCAUCCACAGAAUCGAGGAUAUCAAUGAAGGAGACUUCAUCGCCGCCAUGUACGAAAAGCCAUACUACGGUUUAGUCACAAAGAAGACCAAGUCUCACAGUGGCGAUUCGAUUCUUGUCCAGUUCUACACCCGCAGCGAUAAGCAUGACGUCUUCAUCGAGAAGAAAGGGGACGUAGAUCGAAUCACGGAAGAGCGACAAGGCUACAUCUUCCUCCACGCCUUGGCGCAUGAAGUGGUCAUGUCCAAAACCAAAUCUGGAAAGCAGAAGUGCUUCGUGAUCCAGGAAUACACACCUGAGGACUUCGAUCUAGCCGAAUCCAAAUGGGGCAUGAAAGUAUCCUCUCUUCGCGGAGUCCCAGAUGAAGAAGAAAACUACGAGAAGAAAGUUCGAGAUCUCAUCAAGAAAACAAGCAGCCUCUUCUCAAACCGCGGCAUCUACAGGAUUCCCAUCGGAUGCGAAAAGCUCCGACCACUUCUUGGAAUGCCAGACGUCUUCGAUGUUACGAUGUAA